AUGCCCUGCCCGGGUGCGAAAGGCUCGUCCUCUCGACGGUCUCGUGACCUAACAACGAAUGAUGGCGAGGAACAUGCGACUGUUUAUGAGGCGACCGCAACCUCGGACCAGGACAACAGUGUCCGGGCUCGCCGCGAGGCACCGACACAGGUCGAUUCGCGAUACCCGGGCAGUCGAACAGCCGAGAUAACGACCGAGGUUUCGAGGCCGCUGACUACGACUGCAUCGCCCUUCGUCGAUGAAAGGCACGACACCAGCUCUAUAGUUGGCCUGCGCGAUUUCGAGGUUCACCGCGUCGAUGGCAGCCAGCCGCCGUCGAGCAUCGCGUGGCGAGGCGCGACCCGUGCUACGGCGCUCCCGGACUGCGCCCAGACGGCACGGGGAGCCGUCAAAGUGCCUCCCCAGAGUCACUUCCAACCGGUUUCGACCGCAUCGAAGAAGCCUCGGCAGCUGCUUCCCGUGCUCUUCGUUGGAGCAUGCCUGGCCUGUGUUCUUACGGUAGUCAUCGUUGCCGUCGUCCUGAUGCCCGGCAGUCCCAGUCCACCGCCCAGCGUCUGCUUGUCGCAGGAAUGCUUGGAGUACGGCAAGUUGCUGAGGUCCUCCAUUGACGACUCGGUGUCACCAUGCCACAACUUCACCCGCUUCGUGUGCGGCGGCUGGCGGCGAGAGCACCGUCUGAGCGUCCGUGAAGAGCUCUACAAGCGAGCCGUGGAGCGCAUGACGCGCUUCGUCCGCACCAUCGAGGUGCCAACGAAGGGCCAGAACGGCGUGCAGCGGGCGGCAGCCGUCUACCGGAGCUGCGACGACGUGCUGCAAGGUGAGCGAAACGAACUGGCGGCCGUCAAGAGGUACCUGCUGGAAGCCGGUAUCACGUGGCCGAGCCGCAGCAGGAACAGGGACGUGGUUCACACGCUGCUCUUCAGCUCGCUGAGGCUCGGCUGGCACGUCAUACUGCGCGUGGAACCCCGCUGGGCCGACAAGGGUGACCCAACAUUACUAGUCGACCCUGGUGCCGCUUUUCAUCUCUUCAGACGGCCGCGUGAAGUUAGCGAUCUGGAGCUGUACUACAAGCAGCUCAUGGAAACAUUCGGCGGCCCCGGCGGCAACAACAUGGUGUCGUUCGAAGACGUCGUGGAGGCCGAGGACUCUUUUCGUGAUACGCUGACUGAAGCUUACAACCAUCGCACGGAGUACCAGGACUUUCCUGAAAGAGCGUUUCUGGGACUUGGCGAGAGUCGUUGGAUCGACGUUCUGAAGAGGUUGAACAUUUCCGUGGGCAAACGUUUCCAGCUGCUCACGACGGGACGGCGUUUCGUCAACGCUUUCUUCAGCCUCUGGGACAACUACGGUGAAGAAGGAGCGCACGGCUGCACGUCGUGGUGCACCGUCCAGCUGGCCGCCUUGUACGCGAACCGCCAGCUCGUCCUCAACUACCACGGUGGCAGCGUGAGGAGGGCUCAGGCUUACUAUGGCGCCUUCUGCGUCACUGCGGCGUACACGUUCUCGCGCUAUGCUCUGUUUGGAGGCUACAGAAUCGAAGUACUCCGGGGCCAGACGCGUGCCGUCGCCGAAAGCGUCACGCGAGCUGUGGGCGACAGCUUCCUGAGGCGCCUGUCCAGAUGGAAACACUUCAAGAAAAACGUUGAGGUCGUUACCAACUGGUCGUCCUUGUCCAGAGCGUUUCGGGUCUUCGAGGCCGCCCACGAUGCAACGCGGGGUCCGAUCGAUUUGGACAUGACCAAAUCAUUUCUGGAGAACUGGCGUAUGUCGACGCUCAUCCCUAGCAGUCCGGAAGACUUGAUUCUUGUUGCCGUUAUCAAUUCGCUGGAGCUGUUCGCUUUGUACGCCGUGGGUGACCGCAGGGGCUUCCAGUUGCUUCCCGUCGCGCUCUCCUUCCCGUUCUUUGACUUGGGACUGACGGCGCCCGUCAACUACGGUGGCCUUGGCGCGCACGUGGCGUGGGCCCUGGGCAUGCUCUUCCUGACGGCGUACAGCUCCGACCAAUCAGCGAAGGCCACAGUGAAGCAGCUGAAGGAUUGCGUGACCGACAAGUCGAAAUCCACGGAUUCGGACGCCGUAGUUGCCGUUGCCGCAACGGCGGACGCCCUGCUCGACGCGAUGGAGAGUGACAGCGACGCGGCAAACCGACUGUCCAUCUCGCAACUCGAGAGCUUCUCGGCGACGCAGCUAUUCUUCGUGUCACUUUGCUUUGCGCACUGCGAAGGACGCGAUUCUGCCGGAAACUGGGCCGGCAUCUGCGACCAGUCGCUGAGGCACGUCCGGAGCUUCGCUCACGCCUUCGGCUGCGCUCCUGCGUCGCCUAUGAACCCUGGGCAGCGAUGUGAUGUGCCUUAG